AUUCGUUCACAGGUCCAAUGUCUGUCCGCCGUCAUUAGCGUCAUGUAUAAUUCGGUGAAUAUUUGUAGGUCCUGCUUAUCAACGGGCGACGGCUUGUUGUCCAUGGAGUCAACUAUUGACGAUUGGUUGACGAUUUCCAAUUGUUUUAAAAUUCAUUUGAAUGUGAAUGCCCGGGAAGAUGAUGGCCUCCCCUUUAAAAUAUGUCUCGUCUGUUUGGACACAUUGCUGAAAGUUCGGAAGUUUCAUCUACGGUUCCUCGAAUCGGAGCAACGUCUUUUGGGACAGUACGUAAAUCCGGAUAAUCAAAAACCGGAAACGGAAGCAUUUACUAGUGAGAUUGUGAAUGAUGUGAAUGAUUUUGAUGAAUUACCUGACUUUACAUCUACAGCAGAUGCACAGGAUCUCAACGAUGACCCACUGGAUUCGAAUUCAAGCUUUCUGUCCGCCGGACAUUCAACUGACAUGACCUCAGUUCACACCAGCAUACAAAUUGAAAGUUUAGAUUGCGAGAAUUCAUCGGAUAUUGAUGAUUUGGUUGAACAUUACGAUAGCGAAAGUGAAGUAGAUGUGACUAAAGAGAUUGUGACUGAUACAAGUAAUGAUAAAACCGAUAUUGUCCGAAGGAAAAAUCCAAGGCUAAUUUAUUGCCUUCAGUGCCAUAAGGAAUUCGAAACCAAAAAUGAAUUGCGUACACAUUUCCAUUCGGAACAUGGAAACGAUAAUACUAAAGGUUUUUGUAUUCAAUGCUCUACAACAUUCCCCACCCGAGGGAAGUUGAUGACGCAUUUACGUACCCAUAAACAUCCAAACUCCCGAUUCGAUUGUACAUAUUGUGAUAAAAAAUUUAGCACCGAAAGUAAAUUGACCUCUCACGAACGGACGCAUACCGGAGAAAAGCCGUACGUAUGUUCUAUAUGUGGACGAGGAUUUAGUCAGUCUUCAGUUCUGCGUACGCAUAUGAGCCUUCACACAGGCAAAACUGAAAAAUGUCCCAAAUGCGAUAAGAAAUUCAGUCGAAUAUCAUUCUUGAAGGUGCAUUUAAGGGUACAUGACGAUAUUCGGCCGUACGCUUGCCAUUUAUGCGACAAGAAAUAUCGAAUAAAAAGCCAUCUGACUUCACAUAUUUUGACGCAUUCGGAUGCCCGGAAUUUCACCUGCGAUGUGUGUGGACAAUCAUUCAAGGAGAAAUGCGUUCUACGUAGUCACAUGAAUAUUCACACGAGACCGUAUAAAUGUCCACAGUGUCCGCUGAGAGCAGCCAAGUUGUACAGUUUUCGAAUUCAUUUGGUUAAGAUGCAUAAUAUACGAGAUGACCCGAAAUUAUUUAUGACAGCAGGAAGUGACGAGAACGGGCACUAAUCAGCACUAUAUUUUUAUUAUAGAACUUGAAAUAAAUUAAGUGAAAGCCGAACAACA